UGUGUGAUAAACCUUACGUCCCAUCCCGUGCUCUCCGCUCUCAGAAUACACUUCUGUCUGUCCCCAGACUUACAAAGAAGUCAGGUGGCUGCAGGGACGAUUCCUCAUAUGCCCCCUUCCUCUGGAAUAACCUCCCUGUUGAUGUCAGACAGUCUGACUCUGUUGAGGAAUAUUAAAUCCAAACUUAAAACACAUCUUUUCGCCUUUACUUUCAGCUAGUUGUUUAUUUUUGAUUACCUUGUACCUGUUACCAUUAUUCAUAGUAGAAAAGGUUUCAGAAACCUUUUCUACGAUAGAACACUCCUGGACGAAUGAGGGACUACACCGUCUUAUUAUCCAUAGUCCAUGUUGUCCUGCCGAAGAGCCCCCUAAGCCCCCUAAGGCCCCCAAGGCAAAUUUGUGAUUUGUGAUAUUGGGCUAUAUAAAUAAAAUUGACUUGACAACCUGAAUAAAUUAUAUUCCAGCACUACUGGAUCCUACAAAAGCUCAGUGAUCAUGAUUCACCAAAACCAGCUUUUUAAAUCCUGCUCAUAUUUACCGGAUUUUGAUUAUUUCUCUUGUUUUGUACUUAUUUCCUUCCAAAUUCAAUGUCCCAUAUCUGUCAAUUCACUUGAUAACACUGUAAUGCUGAGACAAGGCCCUCAGUAGUACAGUGUAUACAAAAUGUACUCUCUUUACUAUCUGUCAGUGUUCGGUAAAAGACAAAUGCUGCACACACUCUUCUGUGUGUCUUCAGAGUGGACUGUUGACUUGCUGCUGAGAGGUGUGCUUCUUACUGCGCCCUGCAUGUGUGUCUGAUUACUCAUUACAGGCAACCUUCAAACUCAUAAACACAUAAAACACACACUUCUGCUCAGUCUUUGUGCAUAUUUUUCACAGAGAACACGGAAACACAGAUGUGACAUAUGAAUAACUGAUGUUUGUUUUUAGAUCUACCCGCUUAUAGAUGGUACAGAAUGUGAGAUGGCAACCAGCCAGCUGUCAGCAUUGGAUGGCUGGUGUACAUCACAGUUAAAGAUUAUCCUUCUUGGUGGCAGAAACUCUGGAAAGAGCUCCGUGGGGAACCUAAUCUUGGGCAAAGAGGAGUUUGUCACCAAAGAGAGGACCUCGUGCUCCCGGAGGCUGGCUGUCCUGAACGGACGGUGGCUCACAGUGGUGGACACUCCUGGCUGGUGGUGCGACUUCAGCGCUCAGGACACAUCUGAGCUUGUGAAGAGGGAGAUCGUAAGCAGCGUCUCUCUGUGCUCACCAGGCCCACAUGUAUUUCUAAUUACAAUCAAGGCAAGCUCGGCCUUCUCAGAGAAGCGGCGUAGGGCGGUGGAGGAGCAUGUGGCCCUGCUGGGUGAGAGGGUGUGGAGUCACUGCAUAGCUGUAUUCGUCUCUGCUGACAGGUCUAAACACACUGAAGCAGAGGAGCUUGUACAGACGGGGGGAAAGGCCCUCCGCUGGCUCAGUGAGAAGUGUAGUCAGAGGUGUCACAGUGUUAUCUUGAGUGAUGAUACUGAAGUCGCUGAGCUGCUGGAGAAGAUACAGAAACUUGUCACAGAAAAUGGAAACAGAGUGUUUGAAAUGCAGGAAAAGAUUUUACAGGCGACUGCAGAGGAGAAGAGAAGAGUGGAGGAGAGGGCUCAGCAGAGAUUUAUGAGAAUGAAGAAACACAGAUCUCUCAUGCGAGAGAGGUUGCGGCCCAUUACUAAUAUCCGGAUUGUGUUGGUGGGAGCAAAGGGUUCUGGGAAAACUUCUGCACUGAACACAAUCCUGAGCAGAGAGAGCAGCCAGUGGCCGAGGAGAACAGCCCAGUGCCAAGUUGGGAAAGGAGUGGUGUUUGGGAGACAGCUGACUGUGGUGGACACACCAGGCUGGUGGAUGAACUACUUCUGUGACGAGAGUCCCAUCUUCGACAGGAGGGAGAUAGUGUUCAGUUUGUCUCUCUGCCCUCCGGGGCCUCACGUCUUCCUGCUGGUGAUCCGUGUGGACAGAGCCUUCACCGAAACCUACAGGAGAGCAGCGCAGGAGCACCUCCAGCUGAUCUGUGAGCACAUCUGGAGUCGCGUCAUCGUGCUGUUUAGUUUCGGGGACUGGCUGGGAGGCAUGACUACUGAGCAGUGCAUCGAGAGUGAGGGAGAGCCUCUGCAGUGGCUUGUUGAAAGAUGUGGCAACAGGUAUCAUGUUCUGAACAAUAAAACCAAAGGGGAUGGAUUUCAAGUCAGAGAACUGAUUGGGAAGAUUGAGGAAAUGUUGGCUGGCUGCAACGAUGGCCAGCAUUAUGAAAUAGAGGUGAAAGUGAUGGAACAGCUGGAGGGGAAGAUGAGGAGACAGAAGGAGAGAGCCAAGGAGAGACUGAUGAAGAAGCAGAAACAAAGGCAGAUGGCAAGGUCUCAGCUGGAGAAGCUCAACCCUCUUUCAGAACUGAGACUAGUGCUUGUUGGUGGCAGGAAAACAGGCAAGAGCUCAUGUGGAAACACCAUCCUGAGCAGAGAGUGCUUCCACACAGAAACCCAAACCACUUCCUGCUCUGAAAAAUCUGCCAAAAUCAGCGGCAAGACAGUGGCAGUGCUGGACACACCAGGCUGCUUCUCUGUGACCUCUGACCUCCUCUUGGCAUCCUGUGCUCUCCUCCUGGUUGUCAACGUGAGCUCCUCAUUCAAAGAUACCCACAAGGAGGCAAUGGAGAAACAGCUGGAGGCAGGAGGAGGCCAGAUGUGGAGCAGAGCUGUGGUCCUGUUCAGCUAUGGUGACUGGGUGGGUGACACGAGCAUCGAGCAGCGCAUUGAGAGCGAAGGAGAACCGCUGCAGAGGCUGGUUGAGAAGUGUGGGAACAGAUAUCAUGUCCUGGACAAUAAACACCGGGGGGAGGGAGCUCAGGUUAACGAGCUAAUCGAAUUGAUAGAGGAGAUGCUGGUUGAAGAAAGGAUGGCUGUUCUUCACAGAGGCGAUCGCAUGUGGAAAAGUGUUUCUUCAGCACGAGAGCAGCAGCCGGACGCAGUGUGUAAAAAAGAUUUAAAGGGGCUAACGAGCUGCAAACAUCAGCUGUCCCAUGACUUGACUGAAUCAGCCAACUCCAACACUCAAACAAUGCUAAACUGCUCGGAUGGCCCAGAUAAUGGUGGUCAGACAGUGGCACUAUCAGCAGGCAGAACGGGAAGAGGGACUGGACUCACCAUCCUUGACAGAGACCGCUUCAUGUCCUGUUUAGCCUCUAUGCUCUCUGGUAGAGCAGUGCUGAGGUGGACUAAAUAUCUGCCUGUCUGGUUCUCUACUGAUGAUCUUCCCCUGAGACUGAAUGGUGAGGACCAGGUGCAUCUGUCCUCAUCCAGACAUCCAUUGCUUCUGGUUUUACCUCAAACACAACGCAGGAUGCUUGCAGAGGGAAAUGCCAUCAGUGUGAAUUCCCUCUGCCAUCCUGCACUGAGAGAGCGGACUCUCAGGAGGCCCGCUGAGUCUGGACGUCUGCAGGCGCUGAUUGACCAGUGGGACGACAGCAGCCUGGAGGAGCUGGAAGCCUUCAUUGAUUCGUACUUUGAGAUGGUUUGGGAGCAAACCAUAGGGUCAUUUCAGUUAACUGAACCCGACUGUGCCACCACAGAGCAGGAUGCUGCCGUCGAGGAGGCUGGGCAGGAGGAAGUGCUCGCAUCCAUUGACAGGAAACUUUCAAAGCUGGAGCUCCUUGAGGAGAUUAGGAGGGAUUUGGCUGAGCUGAGGAAGAGUCUGGAGCACAGCUGGAAGGCAAUACAAGAACUUAGAGAAAAAAGUAAACAAGAUGAUAAUAAUACAUGUUGAUACAAGGUAAUCAAAGAUGGAGUAAUUUGUUAUCUCAUACAGUCAAAAUUAAUUUAUAUGUAUCUUACUAGUUAAUGCCAAGAAAAAAAAUAGUAGUAAUAAUAAUAAAACUUCACUUUCUUUGA